AUGAGAUUCCAGCAAACUGAUAGUUCACUUAGGAAUCAGCAGGCCUCGAUUCAGAACUUGGAGAUUCAUAUUGGCCAAAUUUCUAAGAUGCUUUCAGAGAGACCCUCAGGAUCGCUUCCCAGCACUACAGAGUCAAACUCGAAGGAGAAUUGCAAGGCUAUCACCUUGCGAUUAGGUAAGCAAUUAUCUGGUUCUUUGCCUUUAGCUGAUAAGGAUGAUAUGAUUGUGCAGGACGAGCCAGCUAAUGAAGGACUAGAGCCUGAGGUGGUGGAGAUUGAGAGGAAGAAAGAAGAUAGGCAAAAGAGCCCUAACAAGCUGCCACUCAAGCGACGAGAUCCAGGGAGUUUUACUGUCCCUUGUGUGACUGGCGAUUUGCCAAUUAGUAGUGCAUUGGCUUAUUUAGGAGCUAGUAUUAAUUUGAUGCCCACUAGUUCGUUUGGUAAGUUAGGGUUGCAUGAACCCAAGCCUACUAGGAUGAGCAUUCAGUUAGCUGAUAGGACUGUUAAGAUUCCUAGAGGUAUUAUUGAGGAUGUAUUUGUGAAGGGUGAGAGCACUGUGCCUCUUAUCCUGGGUAGGCCUUUCCUCGCUACGUCGAGAGCUGUUAUCGAUGUAAGCGACGGGAAGCUUAAGCUUAGAGUUGAUGAUGAGACCAUUACCUUUGACCUAGCUAUAGAUGUCGAAGUAUGCCAAGUUCUUAAAGGAGAUUUUGAGCAACAAGAGAAAGUUAGAGGAUCUUGGUCAGCAUUAGCUAAGGAUGAGGAGGAGUUGUCCAACGAGCAAGUGUUGGAGCAACUCGCUGUUUUAUUGGCUUCUGAGCCGAGCUUGUCAACUAAUUCUUAUCUUUUUCUUGACAAGUUUGGAGUGCAGAACGUAAAGACUUCAUUCGAAGACCCACCGGUCUUAGAAUUGAAAGAGUUAUCGAGCCACUGGAUUUAUGUCUUCCUGGAUGAAGAGAAGCGCUUACCAGUGAUCAUAGCAGCUGAUCUGACUCCCGAAGAACAAACCAUGCUUUUGGAAGUUCUAAGGAAGUACAAGAAGGCCUUUACCUUCAAGAUAGCUGACAUCCCAGACAUAAAUCCAAGUUUUUGCUCUCAUAAGAUCUUGUUGGGUGAUAGUUUCAGGCCGGUUGUUCAACCUCAGAGACGCUCAACCCAAACAUGA